GAUUUAGGGUUACUUUUGCCUUCUGUGAACGAUAAGUUAAAACUAUCAGAAGUAAUUUCCGACUGCAUAUUUGUUCCUGUGGAAGAAAGAGAAAGGAAACCCAGUUUGAUAUUAGUGUUUGGUAUUCACACAAUUCAUUUCACUACUCAUAGUUGCAUCGAUAAUUUGCUGUGCGUGAAAGUCUGAAAAGAUCUUUUGAAAUAUCUGGCUGGUUGAACUGGAUUCCCGAAGGAAUUCCCGAUGCUUCUUCUACCACUUUGCAGACUUCUCGGCAAUCUCACCAACAACUCAGUUGUACAGUAUCGGUUUACAUGGAUUCUACGAAGGGUUUUUGCUUCAGAACCGACACAGCUGGAACGUAUGCAACGAAAUCCAACCGAACAUCCAGAUCUUAUGAAACUCGAGGUUGUCGAAAUUGAGGAUUUGAAACCAGUAGGACCUCUGAAAGUUAUUUUACUCAGAGAUGUAGAAGGUAUUGGUAAUCAGUUUGAUGUUGUUGAAGUGAAUCGUCGACUUGCACGAACAGAUCUGUUGUUAACGCAGAAGGCAGCAUAUGCUUCACCAUUCAACUUGCAAUAUUAUGGAGAGAUGAAGGAGAAAAUGAAAGAUGAGUUGAUAAAACGGGUUCGCAUUCCAUAUGAUUACAUAUUGCUUGGAAGAGAAUUGAUCAGAAAAGUUAUACCUCUGCGAGUUUCUAUGGAAAGUCCUUGGUUACUAGACAAAUCGAUCGUUAAAGCCUCUCUACGGCAAGAGGGAGUUGAAGUUAUAGAUGACAUGAUUUUUCUCGAAAAUAAAAAUUUGAGAGGACCAAAUAUCGAACUGGAAGCCCAUUUGUUACGAUUUUACGUGGUUAUUUGUAAUCAGUAUGUUAUUCCAAUGAUUGGUCGCAUUUGCCAUACUUCGUCAGACGAAGGCAAACAGAUUCUUUAUCCUGAAACAACCCGAAUACCAACUGAGGAGGAUCUCGGAAAGUAUAACAUAGCCGAAGAGAAGCCAUAUUUCGCGGAAAAAGCAGAAAUCUUCAGAGACUUUGAUGUCAUUGGUCUUAUGAUGCAAAGAAGACAAAAUAAAUAGAAGUCGUAGGUCAUAAGCUGCCGGUAGCUAGAACUAAUGGCAUAUAUUUUCUGUAGCACAAAGUGCAAUAUGUCAAAAAAAAAUCUUGCAUAGAAA